AUUUUAGAGUCAACAUCGCCUCCAACUCGGAAGGCUUCGUUCUUUGUACAUAUAAUUCUCAGCCUUGCCCCACCACCCUGUCCAAGUUGUUUACUCUUCCCAAAAGUCAGCAAUCCGGCAUUUUAUCGAGCGACUCGAUUUCUCCGAAAGCCCUUAUUUUCGACGCUUAGUUUCGACACGGUUAUUACCACUAUCAUCACAACAACAGCAACAACAAUGCCGCCAAUCCGAUCGCUGGGCUCGUCGCGAUCCAAGAAGCCGCCCGCCGGGUUCGAGGACAUCCGGGACGACCUGGAGAUCUUCGGCAUCAAGAUGAAGGACGCGCAGAACACGCCGACGCAGAACGUGCCCAAGCACCAGGCGCAGUGGCCCAUCUUCCAAAUCGCCCACCAGCGCAGCCGCUACGUCUACGAGCUCUACUACGAGAAGGAGGCCAUCUCCAAGCAGCUCUACGACUGGCUGCUCAAGAACGGCUACGCCGACCCCAUGCUCAUCGCCAAGUGGAAGAAGCAGGGCUACGAGAAGUUGUGCUGCCUUCGCUGCAUCCAGACCAAGGAGACCAACUUCCAGUCGACGUGCGUCUGCCGAGUGCCCAAAGCCCAGCUGAAGGACGAGCAGGACGUCCAAUGCGUCAGCUGCGGGUGUAGAGGUUGCGCUUCGAGCGAUUAGUUUCUACGUAUGACGGGUCUUUGUUUAGUAAAGAGUUUUCACGCAACUGGGUUUGGGCUUUUGUGGCAUAACGGGCGUUAGGGUUCAUUUGACAUAUAUAAACAUACUGGUUUCCGGCAUCACUAUAAUACCUAUUUGGGAGUACGGGCGAAUCCGUUUCAAACUGCACGAUAUCACGAACUUCUAGGGAAGAUAAUGGAGUAGGCUUAUAAAAGGGCUCAAAUUCAGAAGGCAUCAUCACGAU